GCCGCAAAGCGAAAGUGCGGGGCCCCUUUGUCAUGGUGUACAUCUAUGCGGCUGGUCUCCCCCACCACUGCCAAUUUUUCCCACCACGCGGCCAACUCCCCUUCUAGUCUAGCGUGAGCCGCGUUUCGCCUCAGUCUGUCGCGCGCCACGAACGGGUGAAUUUCGCAUACGUUUCGUGUGUGUCACAAGCGGUGGUGGUUGUUUUACGUACGUGCGUGUGUGUUUCGACAGUGCGCGCGUGCGUGCAUACAUGCGUGUGCCUUUUACGGUGUCACACACAGUGUAUACGUGCGUCUGAUACUAUCAUCGUGGUCUCUGCUUUCGAACGCUCGAACACAGCAACGGUGACAUCGAGCAUGACAGCGACGCGGGAGUGUUACCCCAUACGCUUUUCACGCUUGAACGUCAGAACGUGGCUCGCGUGUCGACGGCCCAUCGAAGAGGAGCGAUUUCGACGAACACAUUUUUUCCUUCGGAACGUAUGCUCAGGCUGAUUGAAUUGAUGAACGACAGGAGAACGAGAGAAGAGGACGUCGUGGUCUCGAAGGAGGCAAUGACUUGGUUCUCUCUCGAUAGCCGGAGUCGGAGGAGUUAACGUGCGGCGUGCACGUUUCGAACUGAAGGGGGCCAGAAACGUGUACGAGGUCGGGCGAAAUCACGAGGCGAGGUUAACCUCCUCCGCCUUGCCGUGUCGUGUCCUCCCGUUUCAACCACGAAAACGAAACCAGCAGGGAGAAAAAAAAGAGGUGGAGCGAUACCGUGUGGCUCUCGUUGUGAAAGAGAGAAAACGAAAAGAAAAAGAAAAAAGGAAAAGUAAGAGUGACGGAAAAGGAAGAAAGAGAACGAAAGGGUAGAAUAAUAGGAUCGAAACGAGACAGAGCAAAGGGGGAGGGAAUGAACGGCCCUGGGAGUCAUCAGCAUCGCGGCUUGGGCAUGCAGGGACGUUAUAGGGCCGUAGUAACUGCUGGCACCCCGGCAGGGCCCCACUCUCGACCCCCAGCGCCUCCUCACGCCCGCGGUGGAUGGCACCCUCAUAAUCAGCACCCUCAGCACGCCCAGAUACCUCAGCAAUACACCGGCAACAAGGAAUACCCGUAUCGACAAUGUCCACCACCACGCUUCCAUAACGGGGAUUGUCCUGGAGUCGGUACAUCUUCCGGGCCAAACGGCAAGGAAGUUUCGUAUCACGGGAACGUAGGCGGGUCUAGCGUGGGGUACAAACCACCCCCGCAGCACAGUCCACAAUCAAGAGGUCCACAGGCUCAUUUUCCACAAGAGUCCGUGGGCCCACCGGCCAAUUCUCCACCGUUGCAUAUUAACAUUUGCGGGCAAGAGAACGCAAUGCGUGGUCCAUUAUUGAACAUGAGUCCAGGUCUUGGAGCUAGCGGCGUCGAUAUGGAAUAUCGUAGGAGUUCUCAAGCAACAAACCAGCUACCUCUGAGUCCUGUACAAAUCCAGCCAUCGCCGCCAUAUUACAGACAGCCUAGUCAAGACGAUGGUAGAAAGAGCGAAUCUCCUUCGAGGAAACGCCGUCGAAUAUCCCGCAACGGUGCCGUCUCUGGAAUAGAAGUUCGUGAAACUACGCCACCGUCGCCUACACCAUCGUUGCACACUACUCCGCCGCCAUGGGAAUUCUCAACGGCGCCCCAGAGGCGAUCACCUCGAAAUCACAUGUCGACACGCGGCAGUCCAACUAUCAGAAAUCGUUAUCAACGAUACACAGACUCGUUCGGCUUGUCUUAUCCUUUCGUACCCGGUCAUACCCCUCAUCCGCCCAUUCACAACUCCCACCAUGGGAUUCACAAUUCUCAUCACAACAUUUCGCACCAUAAUAUACAUAAUUCGCAUCAUAAUAUGCAUAACGCGCAUCAGACACAUCCCCAUCAUCCACCUGGUACGGGACACCAUCCCGCGCAAGGAGCAAACGGACCUGUGGUCGUAGACGUUGGGCAAGUCGGUGUUUCCGGUUUGGGGGUUGCCGUUAGCGGGGAACCAAUCUGGCAUCCUCAGGCGACAGGUUACAGGAUCCCUUGCCAGCUGCACGGUAUAUACACACCGACCGGAGCACACGCGUUCGCACAUUCGUGUCAGGUUACCCACCAUCAUAGUCACUAUUCAGCGGCUCAUCCGACCCACCCAGGCCACAGUCUGGUCGGUUCAAUAGUUGGCGCUGCAUCCAGAGGAUACCCAACACCAACCGGAGGUCCUGUAGCGGCUCUUCAUCACGCUCACGCGCCUCCUCCACCCGUCCAUACUACUCAUUACACUGCGCACCAUCAACUUUCCCAACAGCGAGAAGUUGAAUUAGAGUUAAUAGAGUCCCAUCAUCAUCAUAGAGUGGGAGCUACAGCCGGUGCCCCAUUACCAUUACCACACUCGUAUUCACCGCCAGCUCUGACUCAAGUUACCACUCCUACUCCUACGCCUAUAUUUUUAUCAGAAACAAGGAACAGUCAAUUGGAAAUGAUUCAAACCAGAACUCGGCGCACACCGUCCAACGUUCAUCACACGCUCAGACGACCAAGGUCGAGUAGAUGGAGAGGUACGCCUCCGAUAGCACCGGCUACUUAUUCAGGAUUCCUGUUACACUUUUUCGCAAUGCUCAGCAAUCCACCAUUAUCUCCGUACAGUCAGGCGGAAUUAUCCUCGCCGGACUCGGCGACCGAAAAUUACGAAGCACUGCUCUCUUUGGCAGAGAGACUAGGAGAGGCUAAGCCACGAGGACUGACUCGGGCUGAAGUGGAGCAGUUACCCUCGUAUAAAUUCAACGCGGAAACGCACCAAGGAGACCAAACUAACUGCGUGGUCUGUAUGUGCGACUUUGAAGCUCUGCAGUCACUGCGUGUUCUACCGUGCUCGCACGAAUUCCAUUCUAAAUGCAUCGACAAGUGGCUUAAAUCAAAUCGAACGUGCCCAAUAUGUCGCGGGGAUGCCGGAGAAUACUUUGGAAACAGCGGGACCGGUAGCGACUGACGCCAAGCCGCUCAAGUACACUAGCGCCAACUGUCACGAAUCUCAGGGACGCUAGUCGACACAGAGCUUCCAGCGAUCACGUUGCUGGUUUGUGUAAAUUUCUGUUGACAAGCAUUUCUCGCCUUUUCUCUGACCGAGUCGUUAGUUACGUCACGGUUGAUCACCUCGAUUUUGCGAAGAGGAGAGGAUUGGGAAUGAAUGAAACACUUAAAAUAAAAAAAAUAUAACGGGGAUAAAAAAAACAUAGUAAAAUUCAGGGUAUGUUGUCAGGGUGUUUGGUGUCGAGAAAUGGACCACACACACGCAAUAAAAGUACACGAUUUAAAAUUGCAGCAUGCAACAUUUUUACAAUGCGAAUUAACGUUUCUGCGUUUAUUCCAUUAUUUUUUUUCUCGAGAAUAGACAAGUCUGACAAGUUUGAGAAAGAAAGAGUGUAUAGUAACAAGUAAUGAGCAAAUCAAUCAAGACCGAAAGCAAUUAAGAAAAUUUCAGAGAUUUGUUAAAAGCUAUGAAGCAUUUCAGAUCAAGAUUAAAGUCUGACUUAAUGUAUUUGUUUUGUUUCAUCGAUGCGCUUCGAGUUUAAUCGUGUUUAAUGCUCGUUUGUUGUUUUUUCCUUUUCAUAUUAUUACUUUGUCAAAUUGUCAAGUUUAUUCUGUACAUAAUUACGUAAUACGCAAAACUAUAAUCGCUACUUUCCAUUAACGUUCCAAUUUUUAUUACUAUUACGAGUACUAUUAUUAUUAUUAUUAUUAUCAUUAUUAUUAUUAUUAUCAUUAUCAUUAUUAUUAUUAUUAUUAUUAUUAUUAUUAAUAUUAAUAUUAUAGUGAUAGUUGUAUUUUUAAUCCUACGAAUUGUACAUAUAUACUCGCAUAAACGCGCUCCUAUCUCAAUGAAACAUACACUACAGCCAAUUUGAUUUUGUAAGUGAUUUUUUUUUUUUUGUAUUUUUUCUCUUUGGGCACAUAACCAAAUGUAGCGUGAACAUUCUUUUCUUUUCUUUUUCUCGCGGCAAACAAGUUAAGAUAUAUCAUUAUGUGGAGUAAACCGAUUAGAGGAAAGAAAAGAUUCGAUCUUUCUAACCUAUAUAUAUAUAUAUGCUUUACGUGUCUUUUUACGUAGAUCGGAUAAUCACUCAUUUGUCACGUCGAACUCGUAAAUGUUUUUCUAUAGCGACUAGGGAUUGUAGAUAAAAAAAAAGAAAAAUUAUUAAAUUAUUUUGUCAGAUGACGUAAAUAUUUUGUAAAUAAUCUGGCGAAACAUUCGAUGUUCGUUUUGAGGAACACAAAAGGUAGUAGAUCCGUUUUUCAUUGUACUCACUUCGUCGCGGAUCGUUUUCUUUCGCCCGAAAGAUAAGUUUCCCUGAUACUAUUACUGAUUCACAGGCUAUCGUAGAACGUAGGAUUAACGGGGGGAAGGGAAAGGAAAAGUAAAUACAUCAAAUAUUGUUCGAAACGUGACGAAGAUUUAAAAAAAAAAAAAAAAAGAAGAAAAGUCAGGCUCUUCAGCAAUAGUUUUCAUGCAAAAAAAAAAAAAGAAGGAAAGAAAGCUGCGUAAAGAAGAUACAAAACUGAACAAAAAAAAAAAAAGAAAGAUAAGAACACUGCUUCUGUUUCCUGUGUAUCUACCUCUAAAUAGAAGAAAUGAAACGAUUCAUAUUUUUUUAUACACACAUCUCAUAAACAAUAAACGUACGUACGCUAAGAAAACCAAAAAAAGAAAGAAAGAAAGAGAAAGAGAGAGGGAGGGAGGGA